UAAUUACUUCUAGCCAAAAUGCCUACCUAAUUCUCACCCUUAUGCUUGCAAGAAAAUUGCGCCACUGCCAGUCUCUCUCUCUCUCUCGAUCUCGAUCUCGAUUACAUGGCGAACCUCCCAGAUCAUCUUCUCUGGACACUCCUCUUCGUCCUACUCCUCUUGCUCUCCCGGACGUCUUCGUCUCGGACGUCUUCGUCCACCUCCACGCUCUUCGACGUCCUAGACUUCGGCGCUGACCCUACUGGGGCGGCCGACUCCACCCAGGCCUUCCGUGACGCGUGGACGUCGGCAUGCGGCCGUGGCGACUUCUUUGCAACCGUCGCAGUGCGGAGCGGAAGAUACCUCCUCAGGCCGGUGCGGUUCAGAGGCCCUUGCAAGAGCAGGCACGUGAGCGUGAUGCUGGGAGGAGCGACGCUGGUGGCUCCUCCGGACUACAGAGUCCUUGGCGGCAGCUCGAGCUGGUUGAACUUUGAUGGGGUCUCGAACACGUCCGUUCACGGCGGAGUUCUCGAUGCCAAAGGACCGUCUCUAUGGGCAUGUAAGGAUUCCGGCCGCGACUGUCCCGACGGAGCCACGACACUGAGCUUCACCAACUCUAACAACAUCAGGAUAAAAGACCUGACGUCCAUGGACAGCCAGAUGUUCCACAUCUCCAUAAACAGGUGCCGAAACGUUCGCGUUCAAGGGGUGAGAGUGAAGGCCGACGGCAACAGCCCCAACACGGAUGGAAUCCACGUCCAGCUCUCGACCAACGUCUUGAUUCUUCACUCAGACAUCGCCACUGGGGAUGAUUGCAUCUCAAUUGGCCCGGGUACUCAGAACCUGAGGAUCCAACGAAUUCGGUGCGGCCCUGGUCACGGCAUCAGCAUAGGAAGUCUGGCAAGAAGCGAGAAGGAACCUGGAGUACAAAACAUCAUAGUGAGAAAUACCACUUUUCAAGGUACUCAAAACGGAUUAAGGAUCAAAUCCUGGGCGAGGCCUAGCAAUGGAUUUGUACGAGGAGUCCAUUUCAUCGAUGCCCGGAUGAUCAAUGCCCAAAAUCCCAUCAUCAUCGACCAGAAUUACUGUCCAUAUGGCAGCCGAACUUGUCCUAACCAGGAAUCCAGUGUGAAGAUAAGCGACGUUCUGUACAGAGAUAUCCAAGGGACGUCCGCUUCCCCCAUCGCCGUAAGGUUCGACUGCAGCACCAAGAACCCGUGCACUGGGAUACGGAUGAGGAAUGUGUACUUGACUUGCCUUGAUGAUGAAGUGACUCGGUCGUCUUGCACGAACGCGAACGGGGAGGCAUUAGGUACAGUUCGACCGAGAAGCUGCCUCUUUGAGAAUUCGUAGAUCUUUGCUCAGCCGGUAUGGGAAUUCAUAGUUUAGAGCUCACUGCAAAC